GACUGCGACGCAUACUUUCAACAAGGAAAUCAACGAUACGACGGCAGAAACAGAGGAAUUAAAGCAGCGCAUCGUGUAGUACGCGCACAUUUGUUUGUUUACAUUUUAUACAUAGAAUAUAAAUAUUUAGUAACAAAUAGGUGUAUAUAAAAUAAAUACAACAUUGUUUCAUUUGUGAAAAUUGUUGGCGUCAGUACACUUACUUUGGGGAAAUGUGCAUCUAAGCAAUUGAUUUUUACAUAAUUACCAAAGGACGUCGCUUAACGCUGCACUUUUAAUUGUUUUGUUUUGUGCGUGAUUUUUUUGUGGUGUAUCUACAUAUGCUAAACUUAUAAAAUAUAUGCUGAUACUGUUGCUGAACAAGUUCCUUUGGACGUGACGAUAUUGCUGCAUUGUGAAGAGCUUUUUGUUGUUGUAGCGGCAGAAUUCUGCCGAGUUGACAGUCCUUGGUCGGAUAAAAAUCCAGGUCCGUUCCGGUUACGUAGACCCGACUGUGGUGGGAACGGUUGUGAAGAGCUUUGAAGUGCUUCAUUAAAAAGGGCGACAUAGCGAAUGUGAAGAUGGAGCUCAACACAGAUGCACAUAAAGGUGUGCCAAAGCCGUUAGAAGGCAUUUCUUUUGGUGACAGUGCCGAGGGUAUUCAGAUAAAUGAAAAUCAUGGCAAUAAAGGAUCGUAUAUAACAAGGGCUAAGAUGAAUCCUGCUAAAAGUGAUAACGAAAAGCGAAGACGGAAAGAUACAAUGCGAAAGAUAUCAACUAUUUUCAAAAAAUGCGAUUCAUUGUUGACGUCAGAAGAGCGCCAGUUAUGUGAAAAAUAUCCGGAUAUUGUAAAACAAAUAAAAAAACGAAAGGAGCGAGUUGAAAUUUACAAGGACCGCAUUGUUGAAAAAGAAGAUGAACCGCAUGUCAUAGAGGCAAAGGUAGAAGACUUGGCGGCGAUAAUAGCACAGUCCAAACAUUUAAUUUGCUAUACAGGUGCAGGCAUUAGUACAUCUGCUUUAAUACCAGAUUACCGUGGCAGUAAGGGUAUUUGGACUUUAUUACAAAAAGGUGAAGAUAUCGGGGAGCAUGAUUUGUCAGCAGCAAAUCCAACUUACACUCAUAUGGCACUCUACGAGUUGCAUCGACGACGACUUUUACGUUAUGUUGUUUCGCAAAAUUGCGAUGGAUUACAUUUGCGUUCGGGCUUACCGCGAGCAUCUCUGUCGGAAAUACACGGCAACAUGUAUAUGGAGGUGUGCAAACAUUGCAAACCUGGUCCUGCAGUAUAUUGGAGACUGUUUGACACCACUGAGAUGACAGCACGGUAUUGCCAUAAAACAAAUCGACUUUGCCAUUGCUGUUCAGAGCCACUUUACGAUACAAUUGUACAUUUUGGUGAGCGUGGGAAUCUUAAAUGGCCCUUAAAUUGGGCUGGUGCUUGCCAUCAUGCAGAAAAAGCUGAUGUUAUUUUAUGUUUAGGAUCUAGUUUAAAAGUGUUAAAAAAAUAUACAUGGCUGUGGCAAAUGGACCGUCCAGCAAAGCAACGGGCAAAAAUAUGCAUCAUCAACUUGCAGUGGACACCAAAGGACAGUAUUGCAACAAUAAAAAUAAAUGGUAAAUGUGAUCGGGUUAUGGAAAUUUUAAUGCGCGCACUCAACAUAACUGUUCCCGUAUACACAAAGGAGAAGGAUCCGAUCUUUGCCCACGCAUCCCUACUUAUGCCAGAGGAGCUGCACACGCUGACACAGCCUUUGCUAAAAGGCGGUGGCGAAGUUUUGGACAAAGAUACUGAGACCGCCGAAGAUGAACCUGAAACAUGCACCAGUGCAACCGAAGAAACUUUGGACUCAAUAAUGUCGGGGGACAGUGGGGCGGAUAUGCCGAUAGGCAAAGGGCCGCGCAUACGAACCCCCCUUAAGAGUAGUACCCGUAUAAAAACGAAUUUGAAGCUGAAAUACAAAAUUCCACGUAUAGAAGUCGAAAGUGGUACCCAAAGUUGUGAUGAUGAUGGCAAGAGUGAAAGAAGCGAUAAAAGUUCUAUAGAAGCAACAAAAAAUAGUGAUCAAACGAUAUACCAGGAUACAAUAAAUGGAAAACAAAAUACUCAAAAAGAAGCGAACGUUAAUUUGAACGAAGAUGUUUGUUCAUUUGAAAUUGAUUUCUCAAAGUCGUCUGAAAUAAUGGAUAUAGUAGACAAUCAACUAAAUUUACAGUUAGAUGAAAAAAACAAUAGUAAAAGUAUCAAGAAAGAGGUAAUAAACGGACAUUCUUCUAAAAAAGAGAAGUGCGACAGCGAAAUUAUAAAACCGUUGGGCCAUAAUGAACUGGAUUUCACUAUACCCUUAGAUGUGGACAUGAAACAAGAGCACGAAAUUAAAGUGGAAUUUGAAUCGGACUUUUUAGUUACUAAACCAACAGCUGAGAAUGUUCUAAAUUCAGAGAUAAAGAUAGAGGAUGAUACAAGUGUAACCAACAAGAAGUUCACCUUGAACACAAACAACAACAAAGUUGCCUUAAAAAAGAUGUGCUCCCUUAAAACCGAAGUCGAUGAAGGGAAAGUAGAUACUAAAAUAGAAAUUAAAACAGAAAUUCCUUUUGAAAUGCCUGCUUUAGUACCCAUUAGGCAGAAUAAGUCGUUUAAUGUCGUUAAACCUGAGUUAACCCAGGUUUUGAGCACCAUGGUCAACGUAAUUAAUUCUGAUGAUGAUGAGUCCAGUUGUGAAAACGUUGUCGCCCAAAUGGACAUACUAAAAUUAGCAAAGCAGGAGGUUCUCGAGGGUGCUGGUACACAACCUUACUGGCUGUUACGCAAAUUACCUUGUUGGUAUGACGUCAAGUAUGCAUAUUCAGGUCUGCAUAGUAUUGUUUAUCCGCCGCCAGCUGAUAUGAAUAUGUGGAACUAUCAAGUAAUACCCAUAUUUGCCAUGAAUCGAUCUGCGGCUGCGUGUGAUUUUUGCUUUGAUAACUAUGCCGAAUUCGAGUGUCAGUUUUAUCGAAAAUGGCAUCUUAAUGAACGUAAACAUAAAAAACGAGCACGCAAUGGGCGUUUCGUGGUGUGUGAGUGCUGUUCAUAUUCAGAUGAAGACGACGAUGACUACGAUGAAAAUAUUUCAUUGGCACAUAUAGCAGCGGCUGAGGCGGCCAAACGUCAAUUGCAGCUGAGCAAUACUUUCCCCCGCAAAUUGGCGCGCACACAAGCAGGCUGGUAUGGCAAAGGGUAUCGUAAAGCACGACGUCGAAAAUAAAGUUGAAAACGGCGAUAGUUUACAUAAACUUUAUGAGUAUUUCAUAUAAUUUAGGUAGACAUAAGAAUAUUUAAGUUUUGCGGCUCAGUGUGUAAUUUGUAGUUUGAAUAUAGUGUACACAUAUAAGCACAAGUAAUUUUGUUACGUCUUCCGUGACUGUCUGUUGAUUAGAAUAUAAUCUAAAAACAUAUUUUAUAACUAAAUGAAUAAGUUUUAAUGUACUGAAAUUUUUACCAGACGAGAUUUAUAAUACUUAGCUGAGUCUCAAACGAUCGCCCACACAUAAAAUAUAAUUAUUUAUAUAUGUCUCAUACAUAUGUAAAUUUUUUUUUGCUACAUACAAAUAAUAUUGACAUCUUUAUGGCAGCUUGCUAUAGCUUAAGAUAUAUAAAUGUAAAAAGUAAAAUAUGAUAAGAAAAAUAAACGCCUAUAUAUGAGUGUCAGCAAAGCUUAUGUAUUAUGUAUUUGAUUUAUUUAUUUGCAAUGUCGUUUAAUAUGAGCAAACUCUAGAUGAUCUUUUCUACUCACGUUAACUUCUAAAUAGUUAACUAUGUGCGCCACCGUGUCAAUUCUGCCUUUCUGAAACUGAAACUUCAAUAACUAUCAGACGAGUAUUUAAUAACUUGUAGGUCUUAGAUGUUUUCAUGAUUCGAUAUUUUUAUUUUUAUUUUUAUAAGCUUUCUAAAGGAUAAUGUAAACGAAUUUUUUUAUUAUAUAUUUUCUGUUUUUUAGGUAACUUAAUAUGUACUGAUAUAUUUAUAUAUUAUUUAAAUGUAUUUAAAUUUCAAAGUAAUUUAUGUUCAUUAUACCAACGUAAUUCUAUUAUUCUUUUCACACGUAUGUGCAACAAAAUGUGUUCGCGUUUGUGAGAUUUAGUACAAUUAUUGCUGAUAAAAAGUUGAUUUCUUCAAAUAUACUCAUGAAUCGACAAGUGUGCUCUCGUGUACAGCCUUUCCUUUUCAACGCUCAAUUCACAUUGCAAUUAAUGAUAUAAGUAAAAGACGAAUAAAAAUAUCUGGCUAAAUUCUAGUUUUAUAAAA